AUCUAUCUUUCCCAGCUGCGAGAUAGGACCGUAUCGCAAAUAUGGCUGUCGGAAAGAACAAGCGUCUAUCGAAAGGUAAGAAAGGCCUGAAAAAACGGACUCAGGACCCUUUUUCGAGGAAAGAUGAAUAUUCCGUGAAGGCUCCCUCGACCUUCGCCGUCAGAGAUGUGGGAAAGACAUUGGUUAACCGAACUACGGGUCUCAAGAACGCCAAUGACUCCUUGAAGGGACGGAUCUUUGAGGUUUCGCUCGCCGACCUGCAGAACGAUGAGGACCACGCAUUCCGUAAGGUCAAGCUACGGGUUGACGAGGUCCAGGGAAAGAACUGCCUGACCAACUUCCACGGCCUCGAUUUCACGUCCGACAAGCUUCGAUCGUUGGUCCGCAAAUGGCAAACUCUGAUUGAGGCUAACGUCACCGUGAAGACCACCGACGACUACCUCCUCCGCUUAUUUGCCAUUGCGUUCACAAAGAGACGACCAAACCAGAUCAAGAAGACUACUUACGCCCGCUCCUCUCAGAUCCGCGCCAUCCGCAAAAAGAUCACUGAGAUCAUCCAACGCGAGGCUUCGACCCGUACCCUCGCCCAACUCACAAAGCUCAUUCCCGAGGUCAUUGGACGGGAAAUCGAGAAGUCUACCCACGGCAUCUACCCUUUGCAAAAUGUCCAUAUCCGCAAGGUCAAGCUCCUGAAAUCGCCUAAAUUCGAUUUGGGUGCUCUUCUUGCUUUGCACGGAGAGUCAAGCACUGAUGACAAGGGGCAGAAGGUCGAGAGGGAGUUCAAGGAGCAGGUUCUCGAGUCCGUUUAACCGGGGCUGGAAAACGAAAUGAACGGGGCGUUGGAGAAAUGGAAAUUAAAACUCGCGUCUGGUUUAUAUGUGCUGGCUGUUGUUAUAACGUGGAUUAUGGUUACAACUGUUUGAUGUCUUUUCUCUCCCUUUCUCUCUUUUUCCCUUCUGGAAAAAAACAAAAAAAAAAUCUCAUUGAACAAGAUCAGAACCUUAAAGCCACACAUGUCUAGAUAGCUGUAUUUUCAAUUUUUCUCCAUGGGUAACGCACGGUAGUGGUAAUGUUUUUUCAAUUUUAAAUGCUUUUUAAAUGUAUUGCUUCUUAUCCCCCUGGGUUAAUGAUAGCUCAGUUCAAAUCACUUUAUAUCAGUUACCGGCAGGUAGCAGCUCCCAGUGAAUAAUUCGCUACCAUAUAUGUUUUUUAUCCCAUGUUGUCUCACAACUUCAAUAACAGCCCCGAAUGUGUUGCUGCAGGGUCUUUGCGAAUUGAAACGAUUUUAUAUUUGAAUAU